AUGAAAGCGCUCCUGACACACCCUCUCCUCAACCUGUCCCCUCCCCACAAUCUGUACCACCCCUUCCUCAGCCCGUCCCACCCUCUCCUUCUCAACCCGUCCAACCCACCCCUCAGCCCCUCCUACAGACAGUCCCAGCUACUGCUAAUGCUGCAGAACCUACCCUCUCUGCCACUCAAGAUAAUGCAGCUCUAUUUCCUUUACGAGAACCGUUCCUCCUGCCCAACCUCCCUCACGAGCUCGCUCGACCCGAGCCAGCGGCCUCUCCGCCACUUCGCGGCUGCCGCCGCCGCCGCCACCGCCGUGUCCAUGGAGCUGCAACAGCCCGGCCCUGGGGCCGGAGCGGAGGAAGAGCCGGGGCCGUCCACCGCUCGGGAGGCGGGAGCGGCCCCCGGGGACCGGGGGGAAGCGGAGGAAGAGGAGAAAAAUGACCCUCCUUUUCUACUGAAACCUCCUCCUAAAGCUUGCAGACCUGAAAAGGAGAUUGAUUCUGAAUAUGAAGAGAAGAUGAAAACAGACCGGGCCAAACGAUUUGAAUUUCUACUAAAGCAGACUGAGCUCUUUGCUCAUUUCAUUCAACCAGCGGCCCAGAAAUCUCCAACAUCACCCUUGAAGGUGAAAGUGGGACGUCCCCGACUGAAGCGUGACGAAAAGCAAUGCCUUCUUUCAGCUGGGGAUUACCGUCAUAGACGUACAGAGCAAGAAGAAGAUGAAGAAUUGUUGUCAGAGAGCCGAAAGUCAUCUAGUGUUUGUGUUCGAUUCGAGGUGUCUCCUUCGUAUGUAAAAGGAGGGACACUGCGAGAUUAUCAGGUUAGGGGCUUGAACUGGAUGAUCUCCCUUUAUGAAAAUGGAGUUAAUGGCAUUCUGGCGGAUGAAAUGGGUCUUGGAAAGACUUUACAAACGAUUGCUCUGCUUGGCUAUCUCAAACACUAUCGGAACAUUCCUGGGCCUCACAUGGUUUUGGUUCCAAAAUCAACUUUACACAACUGGAUGAACGAAUUUAAACGCUGGGUGCCCUCUCUCCGGGCUGUUUGUCUCAUCGGGGACAAGGAUGCGAGAUUGCCACCAUCCUCUCCUCUUCGAAUCCCUAGUAGCCGGAUUCAUCAGAUAAAACAGGAAGAAGGGAUGGAUAUGCUGAACAGGGAAACUGUGCAUGAACGAGAAAUUCAAACUGCAAUGCAGAUAAGCCAAACAUGGGAAGAAAUUCUUACCUUGAAUGAUGAUGGAGAGAAGUCAUCUCCAAGGCGUGUUGAUUUUAUUCCAGUUUCUCCUUCUCCUUCACCCACCAGGGGAAUUGGAAAGCAGUGCUAUUCGCCUUCACUACAGACUUUUGUUGCCAGCAAUGGGAUGCCUCCUAGCCCUAUUCCUAGCCCGACUAGACGAUUUGCUACCAGGAGGAGUCAGAGUCCCAUCAACUGUAUCAGACCAAGUGUGCUGGGACCCAUAAAGAGAAAAGGUGACAUGGACAAUGAAGAUCAGCCAAAGAGAUUCUUUCAAGGCACCAGUAGCAGUCUGCUCUCUCCUGAAGCUCCAUCAAUUCCCGACAUGUGUCUGCCUUCAGAUGCUCUUGAUGGAAACAACAGCAAUGCUGGAUCUUCUUGUAACUCACCAGCUAAAGUCAGCACUACCACCGACUCUCCUGUGUCGCCCUCUGACUCGGUCUCUCCAUUUAUCCCCGUAGAUGAGCUUUCAUCUAAGUGA